AGUUAAAAGUUAGUUUCAGUAACGUUUUGGAGUACGACGCGCGAGCAUUAUUGUUUCCAUUGUUUACGAAGAUUAUUAGUAAAAAUAUAAACACCUCGCCUUACCGCCCUUUCGUGUUGCUAUUUUUUUUAUUUUUUGCUUGAGGCCCUGAAACAAAUACCCAUAAAAACUAACAGUGUGUAGAUUAGAGUUUAUUGAUGAGUGAAAAAAGGACACCGCCACGUGGAGUGAUAAGCGACCUGCUGCGACCCGCACACUGAGAGAAAAGCGGACGGGGAAGGGAGCGCCGUCGACGAAUGCAUUUGCAUCUCCUGGUGGCAGCCAAGACGCCUCCAUCUGAGCAAACGGGCGUUGGGGAGUCGGAGUUGCAAUUGGACUUGGACUUGGGACUGGGAUUGGGAUCGGGAUCGGGAUCGAUAUCAGGUUCGGGACAAGGAGCAGCAGUACUAUCCGGACUGGGAUCUGGCCAGGAAUCGGCAGCGGACCACUGCACCACUGUGGCGCCCGUCAGCGUCGCCGGUCCCGGCCGCCUGGGUCGCAGCAUCAACGGCAGCGGCGGCAGCCACCACCACCACCACCUGCACCACCACUACGCCCCCUACCACGCCCACCACCCGUACCACCACCCGCACCACCACCCACCGUACGCCUAUCCGCCGGCAGCGCCGCAUCCGCCGGCCAUGGUCACCUCGUCCUCCGCCUCGCCAACGGGCAACGGCUGGAGCAGCACCACCGGCGACUUCAAGGGCAUCACGGCGGUGGCCACGGCCACGGGAGGUGGUGGAGCCACCCAGGGAGCCACUGCCUCCACGGGCGCCACCGCCGCCGAGGUGCUGGCCGUUUCCAGUAGUGCCAGCGUGGGCAGCAGUUCGCCCACAGGGGGCGCCAGUAAUGGUACCGCCCACAGUGGUCACAGCGGACACACCGGCGGCCACAGCAGUAGCACCGCCAGCAAUUGCAACAACAACAAUGGUGCCAGCAACAGCAACAACAACAAUAAUAAUAACAACAACAACAACAAUGCCGUUCACCAGGAUCUACUGUGGAUGGAGCGAUUGGUCCUCAAGCGACAGCAGGAACAUCCCGGGGAACUGGUGCGCACGAGCAAUCCGUACUUCCUGUGCUCCGCCCUGCCCGCCCAUUGGCGCUCCAAUAAGACGCUGCCGAUGGCCUUCAAGGUCGUCGCACUGGCGGAGGUGGGCGACGGCACCUACGUCACCAUCCGGGCGGGAAACGACGAGAACUGCUGCGCGGAGCUGCGCAACUGUACCGCCCAGAUGAAGAACGACGUGGCCAAGUUCAACGAUCUGCGGUUCGUGGGCCGCAGUGGUAGAGGGAAGAGCUUCACGCUGACCAUCACGGUGGCCACGAGUCCGCCACAGGUGGCAACCUACGCCAAAGCCAUCAAGGUGACCGUCGACGGACCCCGGGAGCCGCGCUCCAAGACAAGUCCGACGGGUGGACCGCAUUACCGCGCCCUGGGUCUUGGCCAGCGGCCCUACAUCGACGGCUUCCCGACGAAGGCGUUCCAGGAUCUGGAGACGCUGCGCCGCUCCGCCAAAGUGGCGGCGGUAACGACGGCAGCGGCAGCGGCCACGGCGGCAACGGCGGCCAAUGCGGUGGCAGCGGCAGCAGCCGCGGUGGCGGUCACGCCCCCUGGCGUUGGUGGGGGGUGGAGCGGGGGCGUGGCCGGAGGAGCGGGCGCUGGACUGGUGCAGCAAUUGAGCAGCAAUUACUCAUCGCCGAAUAGUACAAUCAACUCGGACUGCCAGGUCUACAAACCGAAUGCACCGCACAUCCAAGGGCCCGAUAUGAUGGGCGCCGGCGAGUGGACGGGAUCUUCGAGUUCGGCGGCUGCCUACUACCACAGCCACGCCCACCAUCCGCACGCCCACCACGCCCACGCGCACGCCCACCUGCAGCACCAGAUGGCCCCCCCACCGCCACCACCGCCCGCUGCCGCCCCCGUUUCGGUGGGCGGCAAUGGAGCCGCCAUGGGCAUGGGCAUGGGUAUGGGCAUGAGCCACUACGGCGGGGGCUACGACUCGGCCAACUCGAUGGAGGCGGGCCAGUAUGCCGCCCACCUGCCGACGGUUCUGCCCGAGAUGCACGGCCAUGGAUUCGCCGCCGAUCCCUACCAGACAGCCGGCUACGGCGGCGGCAAUUCGGGCGGAGGCAGUGCCUCCAAGUCGGAACUGGACUACGGUGGGGGCUACAAUCAGGCGUGGUCGAAUGGCUAUCAGAACUAUCAGUACGGCAGUUGUUUGGCCACCGCCCAGUACGGUCCCCAGGCGGCCCCGCCCCCACAGCCACCGCCCCCGCCGCCGGUGGUGCUGUGCCCGCAGCUCUACUCCACGGUCAACCAGAACCAGAUCCACCUGCAUCUGCACAGCAGCGAGAAGCUGGAGCAGUAUCUGGGCACGGCCACCGGGGCGGAGCACCUGACCAUUGGCUCGCUGACGGGCAGCAGUCGUUCCAGCAUCGAGAUUGGCCAGGAUCAGUACCACCAGGCCCAGCAGGUGCACCACCCACUGCAGCAGCAGCAGCAGCAGCAGGUGCACCACCCACAGCAGGUGGAAUCCGCGGUGGAAGUGGGUGGCGGAGGAGGAGGAGGUGGUGGGGAGUCCGCCCGGGAGGAGGACGUGGGCGAUCUCACGCAGGUGUGGCGACCCUAUUGACCCAAUCGGAUCACCCAUCGGCCACCGGCACCACCCAACCACCACCCACUUCCGCUUGCCAACAGCACCACCACCACCACCCACCCACCGCUGCACCUGCACAUCGAACUGAAUUAGGAGAGCAGCAGGAUCACCACAAGAACUGUACAAUGUUUUUUUUUGUUUUUUUUUCAUAGCUGAUAACUUAUAUAUAUAUUUAACUAACCCCAAUACAUAUGAAAGGUGUACAUAAAAGAAUGAAUACGUUUAAGAUAUAGACAUAAUAUAUGGUCAAGUGGACUUCACGAACUCGAACCUUGAACAAUAUUAUUUCAAAUAUUUUUUGGUAAUACUUUUUUGAUAAUACUUUUUGAGUAAACAGUAAAGAAACUUUUGAGAACUAAAUGAAUUAACAAAACCAGCAUAUUUUCUAUCCUCACAGCUUAUUGGUAUUACAUAUUCCCUCCAGGGAAUCGUUUUUUGUUUUUCCCCUUUUUCACUUUUUUUUAUAUGUCUAUGGUACUUUUUUAUAACUAUUUGAAUUGUAAUUUUUAUACGAAGCUAAAAAUUUAAUUGUCAGAAAACUCCUUAUUUCAAACAUUACGCAUGUAAUAAUAGUAAUUUAUUUCUAAAUCUACAUUUCCACCUAAAUUCGAGAGUUCGAGAAGCAGCAUAAUAACAAAAUUCAUAAUAAUAAUACUAGUAAAAAAUGUAAGCACAUAAUAUCAUCAGCUAAACCAACUGUAAAUAAUAUAAAAUUUAAAGUUAAGAUUGAACGUAAAAUACUGAAUAUGAAAAUGAUGUAACCACUAACACUAAUCCUAGCGUAGAGAGCACCCAAUCCCCUACAAACCGUAGAGAACCAUUUUUUUUAUUAGCCAUAAGCCUAGAAAGAUACUCGAUAAAGCCGCACAAUUAUCUAUAAAUAUAUAAAUACCUAUGUAUACAUUUUUUUUCUGUUACUUUGUGUGUUUGAAUCUGCCAAAGGAUUCGAGAUGAAAGUGAA